AUGGCUAGUGGUCUCACAGCUGCCGCCCGCUAUGGUGCCCAAAGUGUAAACCAAUUGGCCGGCUCCACCUCACCUUUGCGUCGAACACUCCAGGCUAAUGGAAUCCGACGAUUUGCCCACCAGACACCGACCUUACCUCCCACCUCCCCUUUCGCCCCUCGUCACCUUCUCUCCAUUGCAGACCUGACCCCUACGGAAUUCGCUACCCUGGUCCGCAAUGCUGCAUCACACAAGCGUGCCAUCAAGUCCGGGGCCAUCCCCGAGAGCCUAUUGGGAUCCCUCUCCGGCAAGACCGUGGCCAUGAUGUUCAACAAGCGCAGUACUCGCACCCGUGUAUCCACCGAAGCCGCCGCCGUCCAGAUGGGCGGCCACCCCAUGUUCCUCGGAAAGGAUGACAUCCAGCUCGGUGUCAACGAGUCCCUAUACGAUACCUCCGUUGUGAUUUCGUCUAUGGUUUCAUGCAUUGUUGCGCGUGUUGCCAAGCACGAGGACGUCGCAGGUCUGGCACAGCACUCCACCGUGCCUGUGAUCAAUGCGCUGUGCGACUCCUUCCACCCGCUUCAGAUCAUCGCCGACUUCUUGACUAUCUACGAGUCUUUCCCAUCUCAGGCGCACAAGCUCUCCAGCCUGGGUCUGGAGGGUCUGAAGAUCGCUUGGGUUGGUGAUGCGAACAAUGUUCUGUUCGAUCUAGCCAUUGGAGCUACUAAGAUGGGUGUGGACGUGGCUGUUGCUACUCCUAAGGGCUACGAGAUCCCUGCGGAUAUGAUUGACAUCAUCCAGCGCGCUGGUGAGGGUGUCGCCAAGGCUGGCAAGCUCACCCAGACCAACGUCCCCGAGGAAGCUGUCAAGAACGCCGACAUCCUGGUUACGGAUACCUGGGUCUCCAUGGGCCAGGAGGAGGAGUCCAAGAAGCGCAUGAAGGCCUUCGAGGGCUUCCAGAUCACUGCUGAUUUGGCUAAGCGCGGUGGCGCUAAGGAGGGCUGGAAGUUCAUGCACUGCCUGCCCCGCCACCCCGAGGAAGUAGAUGACGAGGUCUUCUACAGCCCGCGCUCUCUGGUCUUCCCUGAAGCUGAAAAUCGUUUGUGGGCGGCCAUUGCCGCAUUGGAGGGCUUCGUUGUGAACAAGGGAAAAAUUGUGGAGUAA